AUCCUCCGCCGCCUCCUGAGGGAGCCGGGGCCCGGGCCGGUGGUGUCCGGGCAGCCCUUCUCGCUGAUGCCGGCCGUGCCUGCCCGGGAGCCGCGGCCUGAGGGAGAAAAGCCCCGUUUUCAAAGGUCGUAUUGAUCAUGGACAGUGAAGAAAUCCCAACUUUUUCGAGUCCAAAGGAGGAAACUGCGUAUUGGAAAGAGCUUUCCUUGAAGUAUAAACAAAGUUUCCAGGAAGCUCGUGAAGAGCUGGCUGAAUUUCAGGAGGGAAGCAGAGAAUUAGAAGCUGAGUUGGAGGCACAGCUAGUGCAAGCUGAGCAGAGGAACAGAGAUUUGCAGGCAGAUAACCAAAGACUGAAGUAUGAAGUGGAGACAUUAAAGGAGAAACUGGAGCACCAGUAUGCACAAAGUUACAAGCAAGUGUCGCUGUUAGAGGAUGACCUGAGCCAGACACGGGCUGUUAAAGAUCAGCUGCAUAAGUACGUGAGGGAGCUGGAGCAGGCCAACGAUGACUUGGAACGUGCAAAGAGGGCAACAAUAGUUUCAUUGGAAGACUUUGAACAAAGGCUGAACCAGGCUAUUGAGAGAAAUGCCUUUUUAGAAAGUGAACUGGAUGACAAGGAGUCGUUGCUAGUGUCUGUACAGAGAUUAAAGGAUGAAGCGAGAGACUUACGACAAGAGCUAGCGGUACGGGAGAGGCAACAAGAAGUGACCCGAAAGUCAGCACCCAGUUCUCCAACUCUGGACUGUGAGAAGAUGGAUUCAGCUGUCCAGGCAUCGCUCUCCUUGCCAGCUACACCCGUUGGAAAAGGAUUAGAAAAUAGUUUUCCUUCCCCAAAAGCUAUACCAAACGGGUUGGGUACCAGCCCCCUGACUCCUUCAGCUCGAAUAUCGGCGCUCAACAUCGUGGGAGAUCUCUUACGGAAAGUGGGGGCCUUAGAAUCCAAAUUAGCUGCUUGCAGAAAUUUUGCAAAGGACCAGGCAUCACGGAAAUCCUACAUUUCAGGGAACGUUAACAGCGGGAUAAUGAACAGCAAUGGCACAAAGUACCCUCAUCCGGCCCAUACUUCUUUCUUCGACAAAGGGGCAGUAAACGGCUUUGAUCAAGGUCCCCCCGGACUGGGAGCCUCUCGACCAUCCUCAGCGCCUGGCAUGCUCCCCCUCAGCAUAUGAGCCUGUGGGAGGUCGUGUUCGGACUCGUGGAUGCUUCUCUCAGCCCACCAGGAGAAGAACUGCUCCCCGUUCCUCCCUGUUCCCACCCUGCUGGAACACGACCUGCACUGUGCUGCCCGAGGAGACCCUGCGCCCACGGCCCUUCAUGCCCUGUCAAUACAGUUGUUUUCUCCUCUUGCUGUCCUCAGCCUCCUCUGACUUGGCCCCGUGCGGCGCGGGCCGAGACGCAGCGCUCCGUGCUGGGGGCUGCAGGAGUCCUGCCAGACCUUGGCCAGGGGUGGGCCUCAGCCCCUUUAUCCCUCCCUUGGGUUUGGUGUGACACAGACACUGGCUGCUCUUCUUCUCCCUGCCUGCUCCAGCCCCUUCGGCCACGGGGCUGCUCUUCUCCCAGGAAGGCUCUGACCUCCAGAAGGGGGUCCUGGGUGAGGCUGCGCGAUGCCGUUUGGACACUCGUGCCUGGAGUCGGGUCCAGGGGAGUGACUCCGUUCCUGCAGCCUCAGCAGGUGCUGCCGGGCAGGGGGGCGGCUGUUGCUGCUGGUGUGUGUCUGGUUGGAGCUGGCAGGGCAGGAUGCGUGUGUCCCCCAGCUCCCGCAGGCAGAGGGGACCAUGAGCCAUCCCUGCUGGGCUCCUCGGGGGCCAGGGAGGGCUGGAGCUGCUGGUGGCAGCGCGCUGGAGGGGACCCUCACGCCUCGGUCACAACAUCACAUGCCUUAGCGUGAGCUGGCAGGGCUGGUGUGUCCUCCCUCCUGCCCCCUGGAGCUGCAGGGCAGUGACGCCUGGAGCUGCUGGGGUGGGCUCAGGGGGUCCUGGGGGCUUUAGCUCAGCUUCUUGGCCCAGCUCCACCCGCCCCCCUGCGCCUCCACCCCAGGGAGCCGGUGGGAGCGUUAAGAAGCCACUCAUCCAACCGCCCACGCUGCCCGUGGAACCCCCCUCCCAGGACCCUGUCACCAUCACCCCCCGUUCCCAUCUGUGUAACGUAGGACUGGAUCUUACAGCGUCACUACGGGCUUCUGUGACAGUUUUGGGCGACCGUGUACCUUGUGGGUCUUUCAAGCGACGUAUUUGUGCGAUUUCUCUGUCUAUGUGCCUCAGAGUCGGUGGAUUUUUAAAUGUGAACCAGCAAACCCAGCUGGGGUUUGAUCUGUGGGUUUAGAAACCUUCGUUCCUGGUCAGGUCCAUCACCUUCACUUGGCUCCGCAGCUCCCAGUUGGUUUAUUUACAAGCGCUGAGAAAAAAAACCCCUUGGCCCCAGCAGCAGUGGGGGGGGAUGAUGUGUCCCCACCCCCCCCUUUGCUGUUUGGGCUCCUCUGGUCCUUUCCUGUGCAUCCUCUGCUGCAUUUGACUGUUUACAUUUGUUUUAUUGUACAUAGGUUUGUAAACAUAAUAUCUUUGCCUAAGAUCUUUGUACAUAACUUGGGCUUUGUAGCUUUAUUUAUUCAGCCUCUCUAUGGCAUGUUUCAAUAGGACAGUGACCUAUUCCCCCCCCGCCCCGCGGUGACACACAUCAUGAUGUGGGUUAGAAAUGACAAAAACCAACUGAGAGUAAUCUUCCAAAAAUAAAGUUCUUUUAAUGUGUAA